AGGCGACCAGCACCAGGAUACCUCGACUAGUAAAAUGUUUCAAUGUCAAUGAACGCUUUCGUUAUGUUUCCUAUCGAUUGGUUAUUUGUAUUUUUCAAUAUCAGUGAUAGGACUCUUUCGUGCAGUUUUUCCUUUGACUAUUUCGCCAAUUUAGUCAUCAAAAAGCAGAAUCUCAUUUUAUGAAGCGCGCACAACCCUCUCGAGACUGCGAGCCGGACCCUGAGGACGCAAUCGAGCAGCAGUACCAGCAGAAAAUUCAGGCCGAGAAGAUAGUAACCGAUUCCGACGCAGGGGCGCAUAACGAGAGAAACAACAAGAAAAACGCUAGCGACAAGAAGACUUCGACUGGAGGACCUACUACAGCGAAGUCUGCGUCUUCCCGAGCAGCAGCUGCAAAAGAGGUCAACAAGCGCGCCCGCCUCAGAAGCCGGUCCGACGUGGAACAGGACGAAGGUACUAGUCGCAAAAGACAACGGGCCUUGACAGACGACAGCGCUGCGGAGAUGGCGCCGGCUACAAAAAACAUCUCGAAAUACAAGGCGGGAGAUUUGAUAUGGGUACAGUGUUGUCGAUUUACUAGAACACGAAUUUCUUCGUCCCUCCUGGUGUUGUAUAGCUGCACCAGAAUCACUCACCGUUCUAUAAAUUUGUUGGUCGCAACAUGGGCAUUGAUUUAUUACUGAGCUCCCCUGCUGCACCAGUUUGCGUUCAAGCCGAGAGUCGCAGUCUUCUCUAUUCGUCCUUUUCAGUAGUUACAUUUUAACACCUUCCCCUCCCCAACACAGGUCUUCACCACGGAGGAGCGCGACUACGAUGCGAAAAACCACGUGGCCUACAUUGCCGUGCUCGACCAUCGGCACGGAAAUUUUCGUCCGAGAACAGGGCUUUCCGAGGGCUGGGUUCCCGCGGUGGUGACGCACGACUUUGCUCCAGAGAAGUACAACGAGAAGAAACGCGACACGCACCUGCAAUUCGAGUUCACCUGGCCGCACUGGUUCAACUGCAGAGGCGCGUACUUGGAAAAGCACCAGCUGUACUACUAUGCGCAGCCCGAUUUCGUCGCGAGCCGCGAGGAUGUCGCGAUUCAGAAGGGACUCCGGGGGAGACAAAGUAUUUUUUAUGUCAAGUAGAUGUAGAACUAGAAUUUCAUCUGGGUACUAUCAUAGUUUUUUUUGCUCCUGGUGCCGCAGCUGGAGGUUUCGCUCCAUCGCAAAUUGUGUCACGAAAUCCACUAUACAGUACUUGAAUGUGAUCUAGCGUCUUAUAUCGUUUUACCAAUUUGACGUCGACACUUAUCGGCCACUACAUGACUCUACUACAGAGCCCUUCCUCUACCGCGGUGGGCAGUUUGAGCCGGAUUUCCAGCCCGAACUCGCCAUCGUCGCGUUUCGGUGGGGGGGAAGAGACAUCCCUGACUCCGACCCAGGCGAGCUCCUCGGGAUUACCAACCGCUACCUGUACAAACUUUGCGACGACGGCUUGCGACCCACCCUCGGCCGAAAGUACGAAAUCUGGUCGGUUUUUGUUGAAGACCGCCACGACUGCGAAAACCUGGCGAACAGCCUUCAUCUGAUCUUCGGCGACCACCACCCCUGCAGGCGGGCGAAGAACGUGGUCUCCAUGUUUUUCCUCCAGCCAACGGGGUUCGAUACCGAGUCAGAACCGGCACUGAUGACCGGCGACGAAAAUGGGGCCGGGUCUCUUGAGUACGAAUCCCUCUACAAGCUGAUCCGCGCGUCCGAACGGUGCGGAAUGGUCACCCGGUUCCCGCACUCCGCGCACUUCUACCAAAUCUUGACAAACAAGGAGUGGACACACCAGCUGUGUCUGAACCCGAAAUACCGGAUCCCCGCGUCGAUCGCGGUACCGCGGAUGUGGAUAGAAAGAGACGUGGCAAUUACCGCGGCGAAAGCGAGGAAAAUGCUGCAGAUGGUCCGGGACAAGCAGACGGCGCUCGGGAUGUGCCCAGGUAUUGAAAUCAAUCGAGGGCCAUGAUGCACUUGUUGCAGAUGUGAUCGUCGUGCAAGACGGAUUUUCCUUUCACACCCACGGCGGAGGGGGCAUCAGGUGGUAUGAAAUGCAAUAAAUGCAGCAUCGCGAAUUAUUUUCCCAUCAACCCAACAAAUAUAAACACCACAUAAAUGUAAAAAUAUCACAGCCAAGAAGAUCGUGCAGGGCGUCGGGAAGCUAUGGAGUUCUCAACUGUUACAUUCUCAACUGUUACAUGAAUUUGUCAUGCAAAAUUGCCAUCAGCCUCCACUUGAUCAAGGUGGGCAGCAUGACAAAUCUUCGAAGGGCUAAACAGCAUCUAAAUCUGUGGAAAAUCUGUGAUGCGAAAGCUGCAAUAAUGCCACUUUCACUAUUGCUGUUCUUGCAUUACAAAUCCAUGUAACAGCUGAGAAUGUAACGUUUGAGAACGCCAUAGAAGCUGGGCUACAGUUGGGAGGCGUUGGACGUGAAGCUGUGGCGGGAAGACGUAUGCAUUGCAAAAGUAUCGUACUAGUAUAAAUAGCAUUACAAAUUUCCUCAGCAUUAGAAAUGGAAUUUGUAAUGCGGAUUCCCCCAAAGAAAGGGAUUUGUAAUGCAUGACAGCGAUUUGUACGAGUACGAUGCUUUUGCACAGGAUAAGACGUCGGGAACUACAACCUGGUCUCCGCUCUGAACGACCUGACCCAGCAGAUUGAGAUCACGUCCAACUUUGUGGGGCAGGCACACACGCUGGACCACGUCAUCGUGCAAGAAUUCGUUCACCACGCGACGGAGAUGCGGCUGUAUUUUGUGGAGAACAAGUGCGAGUUCGUCAUGUUCACGAAAUUUGGCAAGAUCAAAGCGAACCAGGAAUUCGGCGACUUCAACUAUUUAUGAACUGCAAAAGUAUCGUACUCGUAUAAAGGCAUUACAAAUUUCCUCAGCAUGAGAAAUAAAAUUUGUAAUGCGGAUUGACCUUAAGAAAAGAAUUUGUAAUGCAUGAUUGCAAUACGAGUACGAUGCUUUUGCACAGGAUACUAUUUGACCAAGGACCAGGUGUUGGCCACCGGGUUCCACAAUGACAAGGAGGCUUAUGGAUUGCAAAUGUGUCUGGGUCUGGAAGAGUGGAACUUGUAAUGCUGUCUGCGGAGUCUAAAAAUAUCUGUGUUGCAUGAGCAGCACGAGGACUCAGCUCUUGGCACGCGGAGAGGGCGUUAUUUCUCCUGCGUAAUUAGCAUCAAGAGGCUCCCAAAAAAUCUGUGUUGCUAGCACCAGCAUCACAGACCUCACGGGUCAUGCAAAAUGUGCUUGACAAGCCCCGACUCUUCCAGACCUAGACAUCUUUGCAGUUGAUAAGGCUCUGGACAAGGCGAUCGAAAUGGGCAAGGAGACGGCGCGAGAACUGCUGGAUUGGGUACUAUAUAGGAGUUUGGAUAGCGAUUUGUAGUAUCAAGUUGACGCAGCUCUUGUACUACGUAAAGAGCCAGCAUCAUGGUGCCAUCUUUGGACCAGCAGAAAUUAUAUGCAAUUCUGAAUUUUUUUCCAAAAAAAAUUGGUCCACCUGGCUCAUAAGAGUAAAUGUUACGUCAUGGUCAUGCAUCUCCAUCUUACGAAAAAUAAAACCUAUUUCGCAUCUAUCCCAGGUCCGCACCCAAACGUUAGACGACGAGAUUCCGGCUUUGCGGUUUGAUUUUUUUCUGCAGUACGAACAGAAAGAGGUGCACAAAAUGAACAACAAACAGCAAGAGGGGCUGAGCAAGUUCGGCGUGGAGGGGUACGGGUUGGUGGGGAACAGCAAAGCAAGUAGUAGCUCAUCUAGCAGUUCCUCUUCUAGCAACCUCCCAGAUCAGCAACAGAAAUCUUCCUCUGGUGCUUCUAAGGCGAAUGGUGGCGGAAAAAUGAACAACAGUACUUCUACUACAGCAGGCUCGGAGCAACAAAGCUAUUCCAAUCAGUGGGUCAACCCCGCCAACAGUGCGGUUGUCACCGUCAAUGUAUUGGAGAUGUGCGAGCUCGGAUUCAGUAUUCUCCACAACAAGGCGAUUCCGAGAGCCGUGAUGCCGGCAAUAGUGAGGAGUUGUUUAAAUUUGGAUCAAGUGGAAAGUAACAGUAAGCCGGGCGGCGCAUCAGGUGGAGCUGCUACCGCUGAUACAACAAGUUCAACAAGUACGACUGGAAAUAAAAAAGCCGGCGGAGCAAAGAAAGAUAGAAAUCAGGUGGAACAACCCAUGAUUCCAGCGGACCACGCAGACGAAUCAGAGGAGUUCCACAACUGCUCCAGCGCUAACGAUAUGAAAUGCAAGUAUGUCUGGGUCUGGAAACCUGUAAUGCUGAAUAGUCAUGAGUGAGUGCGUCUCUAAGUGCAGUAUUGCAUGACAAAUUUUUCAAACGCUUUGUCUCUCAUGCUUAGUGCGCAUUAGAAACUGUGCUUUUUCAUGACAAACAAUUUGUGGCGCUUUUCUUGCUUUUAUGCAAUACAGAUUUUUCUGGAGUCCUGGACACGCAAUACAAGUUCAACCUUUCAAGACCCAGACAAAUUUGCAAUGCAUAAACGAGAGUGGCGCAGGAGCAAACAAGGACAGCAAAGACAGCUCUUACCAACCUCCAGCCCGGUAUCCUGUGCAAAAGUAUCGUACUCGUAUAAAUGCAAGUCUUGCAUCACAAAUUUUUUUUCUGAUGAAGGCAAAUCAGCAUUACAAAUUUCAUUUUUCAUGCUGAGUUUUUGUAAUGCAUUUAUACGAGUGCGAUACUUUUGCAGUUCAUACCCGGGAAAGAAAUGCAAAUGGUCAACAAGAGCAGAAAAGACAGAGCGGCGAAAGAAAUAACAGCUAUCAGUACUACAAAAAGAAAACUCCCGCUGGAACAACUUCGGCGUCGAACAACCAAAAGCAAGGGACUACUGCGAACGGAGGCGGACCGUCUUCGAAAUAGCUCUGGCCGCUAGUAUGACGAACAAUUAGAGCAUGCACAUGCUCCUCAGCAAAAGAAUUACUUUUUCCUUUGAACGAGCGCCGCGACAUUUGAAUUUCAUGUUAACUGCCGAUGUUCGAAGAGAAAAAACGAAAAUACAGUCCUGUAAU